AUGAUUAGUACCCGUCAAAAGAUCUCUUCCCUUUACUCUGAUUCUGUCUUUCUUUUCCUCCAGAUAUCUUCCCUUUACUCUGACUCUCUCUUUCUUUUCCUCCAGAUCUCUUCCCUUUACUCUGAUUCUUUCUUUCUUUUCCUCCAGAUCUCUUCUCGUUACUCUGAUUCUUUCUUUCUUUUCCUCCAGAUCUCUUCUCGUUACUCUGAUUCUCUCUUUCUUUUCCUCCAGAUCUCUUCCCUUUACUCUGAUUCUUUCUUUCUUUUCCUCCAGAUCUCUUCCCUUUACUCUGAUUCUUUCUUUCUUUUCCUCCAGAUCUCUUCCCUUUACUCUGAUUCUUUCUUUCUUUUCCUCCAGAUCUCUUCCCUUUACUCUGAUUCUGUCUUUCUUUUCCUCCAGAUAUCUUCCCUUUACUCUGACUCUCUCUUUCUUUUCCUCCAGAUCUCUUCUCAUUACUCUGAUUCUUUCUUUCUUUUCCUCCAGAUCUCUUCCCUUUACUCUGAUUCUGUCUUUCUUUUCCUCCAGAUAUCUUCCCUUUACUCUGACUCUCUCUUUCUUUUCCUCCAGAUCUCUUCCUUUUACUCUGAUUCUCUCUUUCUUUUCCUCCAGAUCUCUUCCCUUUACUCUGAUUCUUUCUUUCUUUUCCUCCAGAUCUCUUCCCUUUACUCUGAUUCUUUCUUUCUUUUCCUCCAGAUCUCUUCCCUUUACUCUGAUUCUUUCUUUCUUUUCCUCCAGAUCUCUUCCCUUUACUCUGAUUCUUUCUUUCUUUUCCUCCAGAUCUCUUCCCUUUACUCUGACUCUCUCUUUCUUUUCCUCCAGAUCUCUUCUCGUUACUCUGAUUCUUUCUUUCUUUUCCUCCAGAUCUCUUCCUUUUACUCUGAUUCUCUCUUUCUUUUCCUCCAGAUCUCUUCCCUUUACUCUGACUCUCUCUUUCUUUUCCUCCAGAUCUCUUCUCGUUACUCUGACUCUUUCUUUCUUUUCCUCCAGAUCUCUUCUCGUUACUCUGAUUCUUUCUUUCUUUUCCUCCAGAUCUCUUCCUUUUACUCUGAUUCUCUCUUUCUUUUCCUCCAGAUCUCUUCCCUUUACUCUGACUCUCUCUUUCUUUUCCUCCAGAUCUCUUCUCACAUUCUGACUCUUUCUUUUCUUUUUCCUCCAGAUCUCUUCCUUUACUCUGACUCUUUCUUUCUUUUCCUCCAGAUCUCUUCCCUUUACUCUGAUUCUUUUCUUUUCUUUUUCCUCCAGAUCUCUUCCCUUUACUCUGACUCUCUCUUUUCUUUUCCUCCAGAUCUCUUCUCGUUACUUCUGAUUCUUUCUUUCUUUUCCUCCAGAUCUCUUCCUUUUACUCUGAUUCUCUCUUUCUUUUCCUCCAGAUCUCUUCCCUUUACUCUGACUCUCUCUUUCUUUUCCUCCAGAUCUCUUCUCGUUUCUCUGACUCUUUCUUUCUUUUCCUCCAGAUCUCUUCCCUUUACUCUGACUCUUUCUUUCUUUUCCUCCAGAUCUCUUCCCUUUACUCUGAUUCUUUCUUUCUUUUCCUCCAGAUCUCUUCCCUUUACUCUGAUUCUUUCUUUCUUUUCAUUCCAGAUCUCUUCCUUUUACUCUGAUUCUAUCUCUUCCUUUUACUCUGACUCUCUCUUUCUUUUCCUCCAGAUCUCUUCCCUUUACUCUGAUUCUUUCUUUCUUUUCCUCCAGAUCUCUUCCCGUUACUCUGAUUCUUUCUUUCUUUUCCUCCAGAUCUCUUCCCUUUACUCUGAUUCUUUCUUUCUUUUCCUCCAGAACUCUUCCUUUUACUCUGAUUCUGUCUUUCUUUUCCUCCAGAUCUCUUCCCUUUACUCUGACUCUCUCUCUCUUUUCCUCCAGAUCUCUUCCCUACACUUUCAUCAUCUCUUCUGCACUCAUUACUUCUUUCUUUUGCUACAUAUGUUUCUAUGUCAGUUUUUUCUAUCAGAUAUUUUUUCUUUCAACUUUUGCAUUCUCUCUCCUUUACCCACAGGAACAUGUAUUGAACCUCCAAUAUGGCAUAGUUGCAUUUAUAUAUGUUCAUAG